AGAUUGUGAGGACCUGCGUUGUGACACUCAAGACUCUUUUCUCUAGUGUUGGAUUUGUAUUACGCACCAGCACCAUGUGUAAAGGUCUCGCUGCCCUCCCAGCAACAUGCUUGAAAAGCGCCAAAGACAUAAAGCAUAAGAUUGGCUUCCUGCUUCAAAAGCCAGAUCCACCUCAAGAGCAGAAGUCUCUGAAGGAGAAGGAGAAGAAGAAAGAGAAGGAGAAAGCGAAGGUCACUGUGGUAAACAGAGUCCCUCUUGCUGAAAUUGAGAAAUGGAAAACAUCAUUUAACAACCUGAUCAAAAAUGAAGAUGGUCGGAAGGCUUUCACUUCCUUUUUACAGUCUGAGUAUAGUCAAGAGAACAUUGAAUUCUGGGAAGCCUGUGAGGAUUUCACGCAGACAUCAGUGGACAAGAUGAAUGUGAAAGCUAGAAAGAUAUUUGAGCGAUACGUUGAAGCCGAUUCCCCUAGCGAGGUGAAUUUGGAUUCGGCCACUAGAGAACUCACUAGAAAGAAUCUGGAAAGGUGUGACGCAUCCUGUUUUGAGGAGGCUCAGAGUAAAAUCUUCACGCUCAUGGAAAAGGACUCGUACAGGCGCUUCCUGAAAUCCAAACUGUUCCUGGAACUGUCUCAACCACCGUUGGACAACAAACCCUGUAGUUUAGAGAAGAAAGGAAAAUGUCACGUUUCUGACCACAGUCAGUGCUUGCCUAGUUAUGCCUAACCAAACCAUCUCCUCCUAGAUGAACAAAGAAUAUGAGGAACUUUGCCAUAAUGUGACUUCCACUCAUUUGGCUUUGUAAAGCUUGUUCACGUUUAUGAGUAAAAAGGAGGAGUUCAUUAGAUGGUUCAGUCAUUGUGAUUGUAACACUUUUAGCUUUGCAGUAGCAUUAAAAAAGUGUGUAGUUAAUCACUGCUUGAGCAUGACGGUCAUGUUCUGAACGGGUUUUGUGCAGGCAAUGUUUUUACCAUCAACAGAAAUAACCUGCAUCUACUCUUCAACCUUGAAAUUCCAUUGAAUUGGCUUUGGGAAAACAAUACACCUGUGAUGUAGUUUACAACUAAAUGACUGUUACAGAUAGAAACAGAUUUUUGCUUAGGAUUUUAUUUGAGCUCUGAGGAGAAUAGGACCAUUAACAUAACUAAUAACCAACUGUAUUCACUUUACUCUUGUAAUGUUAUGUAAUCCGUAUAUUUAUAUACAGUAUGUUUAUGUAUAAGCUCUCUUAACUCAGAGUUAAGAGAGUUAACUCCGAGUUAAACAGAGUUAACUCAAGCUUAUCACCUCUUACUCAGAGGUGAUGUAUGUUCUUUCUACUUAAAAUGUGAAAUUUCCAGCAUUUUCUUUUUGUAUUGGCCACUCUUCAUAAUCCACAAAAUGACAAGUGAAUGUGAUAAAUGUGCACGUGCAAUGUAUUACCUGUCACUGCCAAUGAUUUACGAUGUGUUCCACAGUGAAAUCGUGUCUUGGCUUUAAGGCAGACAUUACAAAUCAAACCACAAAUGCUCCUGUUAGAAUAAAUGGCCAAAUGUGAGUUGUUUACAUAUUUGUUUACUGGUUCCAUAUUUAUUCUUGUCAUAUUUAUGAAUAAAAUGACAUCAUAAAA